CAUAAAUGAUGGGUUUGUGUAAACCUCUUUCAACUGUGACGUUAAAUCCUGUUGAUAAGUAAAGAACGGGGAGGGUUUAAAGUGAAUAAAAGCAGUCCUCGUCCCUGUAUAGCAUCUGCAAGUUUGAGGCUAACUUCAAAAAUUUGAAAUCUGAAGUCUGUAAUUGUAAUUCGGAGGUUUUAAUUUAUAUAUAAGUCUGAAUUUGCACGCUAGUUUGAUGUCUUAAAGCUGUCGUUUCGAGGAUGGAGUCUGUUAAUUUUCCCCUACCACAUACAAAGUUUACUUGUAAUGGGCAUAGUAUUAGUAGUGGUAGUGGUAGAGGUAGUGGGAGUGGUAGUAAGAGUGGUAGUGGGAGUGGUAGUGGUAGUGGUAGUACGAGUAGUAGUGGCAAUGGGAGUGGUAGUGGUAGUGGUAGUGAGAAAAAUAGUGGUAGUGGUAGUGGUAAUGGGAGUGGGAGUGGUAGUGGGAAUGGUAGUGGUAGUGGGUGUCGAAGUGCUAGUGGUAGUGGUAGUGGGAGUGGCAAUAGCAGUGGAAGUGGGAGUGGUAGUGAUAGUGAUAGUGGGAGUAGUAGUGAAAGUGGUAAUGGUAAUGGUAGUAGUACUGGUAGUGGUAGUGGGAGUGGUAGUGGGAGUGCUAAUGGUAGAUGUAGUGCAAGUGGGAGUAGGCGUGGUAGUGGUAAGCGGAGUGGUAGUGGAAGUGGAAGUUGGAGUGGUAGUGGGAGUGGUAGUGGGUGUGGUAGUGGUAGCGCCAAUGGAAGUGGUAGUGGGAGUGGUAGUGGCAGUUGUAGUGGCAGUGGGAGUGGUAGUGGUACUGGGAGUAGUAGUUGGAGUGGUAGUGUUAGUGGGAGUGGGAAUGGCAGUGGGAGUGGUAGUGUUAGUGGGAGUGGUAGUGGGAGUGGUAGUGGGAGGGGUAAUGGGUGUGGUAGUGGUAAUGGCAGCGAUCUUAUCUCUCUUAUUCUUUCGUAGAAAAGCAAACAGUUUACUUUGGGUUUGUUGUAUCGCUGUUUCUGGGACAGAAAGCAUGGAGGCAGUAUAGAUUAGUUAAGACAAACCUAGAGAUUUUGCUAGCAUAGUUCUUCCAAAGAGCGUCAGGUCCCGCGACCCCCAUAUAUUAAGCUUCGUUUCCAUUUUCCGUAUUUUGACAUAAAAAUUAUUGUUGUUGUUGGCAGCUGCAUCGUGGGAAAGUUCCAAGGAAUUUUAUGGGAUCUUUUGGACACUGGAAUUUUAAAGGCUCUAUCUUAUUUUUGCUCAAAGCACCAAUCCACAAGGCUUUUGUUUUCUUUUUAUUUAAUUGCAAACCGGACAAUACUCCAAAUGAAUUAACUUUACUCAUGGCAUUUCUAAGUGACGUGGUAUCUUCAAGAAUCAGGGUUGUAUCAUCCGCAAACUGUGAGAUCUUAGCGUUCUGUCCACUUGGGAGUUCGAUGCSCCGGCAGAGUUGGUUUUGGCGUAUUUUGAGGGCUAGCAUUUCGACCGCUAACACAAACAAAAGAGGACUCAGGGGACACCCUUGACGGACACCUCGAGAGACGUUGAAGUAAUUAGUCAUUGAACCCGCAUUCAUCACGCCACUUUCAACAUUAUUAUAAAGAAUGGAUAUCCAUUAUGUAAUAUUUGGACCAAAGUUGUAUAAUUCAAUACACUUGUGGAUAAAAUUAUAUUCAAUGGUGUCGAAGGCUUUACGAAAAUCAAUAAAAAGUAGAAUGCCUGAGAGUUUUUUAGCCUCUGUAUAUUCCAUGAUAUUGUGA